GCCUAGAGCAGCACGGCUUAAGUACAAACAGCCCAGGCUUGGGAUACAGGAAGAAGACACCUCAACGCUCUCCUGACCUGCACAACAGGGAAGGUCCCUCCGACCCACCCUGACCUCGGCGGGGAACUGAGCAGAGCAGCUGCUAUGCAGAACACAGAGGGGGACACCAAACCAAACAUCCCAAGGAGACCUUCCUCCAAGGGAUUUGGGAACAAAGUAUUCUCAGAUGUUCCUGUUCACUCGGUGUGGCGUCUGCUGUCUCUGCUGCUGCUCAUUCUUUGCCUCAUACAGCUUAUCGGAUUGGUGGGAUUCGGGAUCAGGUACUCCUUCCUAUUUCGAGGCAUCUGCAGGAGCUGUUUCAAACAGAAAGAAUUUCUCUUGUCCCAAAACUCCAAACUGUCGGCUGACCUGAGGGAAGUAACCACAAAAUUCUGCCGAAAACUGAUGGAGAAUAAGACAGAUCACCCCUGCAAGCCCUGUCCAGAGCACUGGUAUUGGCAUGGGAACAACUGCUAUAAGAUAAUGAUGGAAAACCUAACCUGGAGUGAGAGCAGAGAGGCCUGUGCUUUCCAAAACUCCAGCCUGGUGAAAAUCGACAACAAGGAAGAGUGGUACUUUGUAACAGCCAAGAUAGAACGUUACCACUGGGUGGGUUUAUCCCGAAACGCAAGAGACCUCCCAUUGAAGUGGGAAGAUGGCUCAGAAGUCAAUUCUGAAGUGCUUUUGUUGCUCUCAGACGGUAAGACUGAAGGCAAGCUAUGCGCUGUUGUAUAUAGAAACGACUUAAAUCUGGAUAUCUGCAAAAAGAUGUAUCCCUUUAUCUGUGAAAGAGCAGCUGAUCCUGUGAAGAAGGAACUGUUGACUUAAUGCAUCGAAUAUAGAUGUGGAGGCAGUCUGAGCUGAAGAGCAAUGACGGCCCAGAUCAUCUCUGUGGGAGCCCAAGGGCCACGAUGCAGGACAGACACAGGGGGGGCUGGAGGCCUCGGUGGCUGUGUCCUCUACCAGUCUGAACUGUCACUGCUAAGAUCCCUCCUGAUUGGUGGUUCCCUGCCAUUUUCCCGUAGCACCUCAUUUCUCCCUGUUCCAGGUCUCGCCUUUCAGCCUUCCUGCCCGCUCCAUUUCCAGGGCCUUGUCCAUCUUCUGGGUUUUCCCUCCCCGGCUGACACACACACACACACACACUCCUCCACACACAAACACACAAGCAAAUUCAAAAAAAUACCAAAACACAUAGCUUCCUUCUCACACCCUAGUACCGCUUUUGCACCAUUCCACCUCCUCAUCCCUUUCUUUCCCUUCUUUUGAAGCUCAUAUCAUUCGCCUCUACCAGCCAAUCCGGAGUCUAGUAAUGGUCAUCUCCCAUCCCUCAGGCCCCAUCUCCAAUUUCCUUCAACAUUUUGAUCUUGUUCUCACAUUCCUUCUCUUUCCCUAUCCUUACAUUGUUCCAUGAUCUCCCUAAAAUCUCCCCUGCCUCUCCCCAGCCCUUCUUCCUUCCCCUCCAUUCUCCAACUCUCCCAUCUGUAUAUGGGAAAUGGGGGGAUGGGGGGCAGCUCACCUCUGACCCAGAGCACAAACCUGAGGAGGGGGAGGGUAGCAUCUCUUUCUCCCUCUCUAGACUGUAAACUCAUUUCAAGAAGAGACUGUGACUGUUUAUUGUUGUAUUCUACUCACCCAAAUGCUUAGUACAUAGUAAGGGUUCAAUAAAUAUGACUGAAGGAAUGGAAGGGAGUUGGAAGGAUGGGCCACACCAGGGUGUUGGACUCAAAUGGAUCCAUUUUCUGAUGAAAAUGAUGAUGAUGGGCCAAGUCCUGUAUCAAAUACUGGGGUCGAUAAAAUAUAAGCUCACUGGACGCAGUCCCCGUCCCACUUGGGACUGACAGCCUAAGGCCCGGAGUUCAUUAGUACAGACCCCAAGCCACUCCUCCCCCAUCUCCCAUAUGCCAGCGAUGCCGGUGGUGUUGGGGACUGGGUUGGAGCAGCUGUAUUUCAUCUGAAGGUAAGCGAGACUGGUUAUGUGAACAGAACUGAGCUCGUUGUCUGGGUCCUCCAGCAGAUGGCCCCUCUCUGCCAAGGGACCAACCAUACCCAAGUUGCUUGGCCUGCUUACAUUUUAUCCCCUGCAGUUGGCGUGACCACCCUCCAGAGGGCAAAGCAAUCUUGGUUACUCCCAUCUCCACCCACGCAAUCUACCUCAACAGCCUUCAAGUGUUACAUGUACUUGGCAUGAUCAUCCCAAUGAGUUUCUCACCUCCUAAAACUCCUCACCUUUGCCCUUGAGAAUGUUCAGUGGGCACGGUGAGGGCACAUGUCAGAUAGCAGGUGGUCACAUCUCCGCAGUGUUCCUUGUCCAUUGCCAGUUGGCACCAGCCCAUCUCUCAGUUUUGUCUCCAGGUGUCCCUAGUACGUUUUGCCCAAUCCCAUCAUCAUCAUCAUCAUAAUGGUAUUUGUUAAGUGCUUACUAUGGGUCAAGCACUGUUCUAAGCGCUGGGUUGGAUACAAGAUAAUCAGCC